UACUUCCGGUUUACUUUUCACGUAGCAGCACCAUGGCAGGAGGAAAGCAGAACAAGCUGUCCCGCGAGGAGGAACUUUUACUCCAAGACUUUAGCAGAAAUGUUUCUACAAAGUCCUCAGCUUUGUUUUAUGGAAAUGCUCUUAUUGUCUCAGCCAUUCCCAUGUGGUUAUUCUGGCGCAUCCACCAGAUGGAUCUCUACCAGUCAGCCAUCAUCUUUAUCAUCGGAACAAUUGUCAGCACCUACUUUGUAGCUAUGGCAUACCGCAAUGUCAAGUUCAUCCUUAAGCACAAAAUUGCUCUGAAAAGGGAAGAUGCAGUUGCAAAAGAAAUGAUGAAAAAACUGGCUGAUGACAAGCGCAUGACAAAGAAGGAGAAGGAUGAAAGGGUUCUAUGGAAGAAGAACGAGGUCGCUGACUACGAAGCCACCACUUUCUCCAUUUUCUACAACAACUCUUUGUACUUGGUCCUGUUGAUCGUGGCCUCCUUUUACAUUCUGAAAAAUUUCAACCCAGUGUUGAACUAUGGCUGUUCUGUGGCAUCUGCCGCCGGUUUGUUGGCUCUUUUCUCCACCAGUAGCAAGGCCUGAGGGGGAGUGAGUUCACAUCUCAAGGCCUGACGGGGUCUGAGCUCGCAGCACAACAACAGCAAGGUUUUCUAUUACAGUCAUCACAGAGUGAGUGGAGUCAUCGAGAGAGCUGAUGGUUACAUUGUGUGGGUGUGUGUAAGGGUGUGUCUAGGUCACUGGUUCUUGUAUAAAAGUUGCCUCCUGUCACUUUGCUGUUGUUUUUAGCUAUUUGUUUUCAUUAUGAACAGAAUGUGAUGUUUUUUAAACUUACUUACUGUGGAAAAAAACAAAAUACCAACCAUAAUAUUAAUACUUUGUUGUCAAACAGGAGAAAAUGUAAUAGACCGAAGGCUGGCGUCUUAUGUUAGUUAUUGGGGUAUCAACUUUUUCAUCAGCUGGACUGUCCUUCUGUUAUCAACAGACUUUCACCAAAGAAAGUAUACAUCUGUUGAAAUGUUCUUGAUAGACUGUAAGUGUAAGGCGGACCUAGGAAUGAAUGUCUGAUUGUUUAUAAUAAACGUGAUAAUCACAUAUACUU